GAGUUGUGGAGCUGUUGAAGUUUAAAGACACCCCCCUUUCUCCUGUGUGUUUCUUGCUGUACCCCCUCCCACUGCUGCUUGGCUAUUGAAGUGUGCUGAGCUGGAUGCAUGGUGAUAAGAAAUAUCUACUCCUUCCAUUCAUGGGGGAACACAGCUAUAAACAGAGCUCCAGCUGGACUGGGGAGAUAUAGACAUCCUGCAAGAGGACCCUGCCUGAGUUUCAUGUGCUGAAUCGUAACCGUUCGAGACUCGGCUUCACGUCCCAAGUGCUGGAGCUACCGGCAAAGAAUGUCUGUGAAAUUAAGAUUCAGCUCUCCGAGUGAUGGUCUCGGUGGAGUUGGCCGUAGCAGAUCGUUUGCUGGCUUUAGUACAUUACAAAUCCGAAAGAGCUCGCAGUCCCUUAGCAGAAGCUCGGUCAGAUCAAAGCUUUCAGUGAAAUCGGAAAAGCUCUACCCAUCUUUGAGAAAGGGGUCGAUAAGGCUGGAUCCCCAUCCACACCAAGUCAAGAAGAUAUUCGAUGCUCUAAGGAAAGGUUUGAACGAGUACCUCGAAGAACAUCAAACACAGCUGGAGUUUUUGGCGAGCCAGCAAAAGGACAUAAAAAGGAAUUCACGACUGGCCUACUUCUACGACCUGGACAAGGAGAUACGUUUGAUUGAGAGGCAUAUUCGAAAGUUGGAGUUCCAUAUCAGCAAGAUUGAAGAACUUUAUGAAACGUAUUGCGUACAAUGGAGAUUACGUGUUGGAGCAUGUAAUAUGAAGCAUGCGUUUUCUUUGUCUCCUUCCACGAAAGCCUCCAGAGAGAGUCUAGUGGAGCUGUUCAAGAACUUCCAGGAGUGUACGGAGGAUAUGUGUAUGAUUGAAGGGGCUCUGGAAGUACAUUUGGGUGAAUUCUUCCUUAAAAUGAAAGGCCUGGUGGGCUACGCACGACUGUGUCCUGGAGACCAUUAUGAGGUAUUAAUACGAUUAGGACGUCAGAGAUGGAGAUUAAAAGGAAAGAUCGAGUCUGAUGACAGCCAGAUGUGGGAUGAAGAGGAGAAACUUUUUAUUCCUAAUCUCUGUGAAAACUUUGAAAUAAAGGUCCUUGAAUUGCGUGGCCUGACGACUAUUUUGGUUGGAGUCGUAACAUGUGACAGCGCCGAUUUCUUUACAACCAGACCGAGAAUCAUAAUCGUAGACAUCACUGAAUUAGGAACGAUUAAACUGCAGCUUGAAGUCACAUGGAAUCCAUUUGAUAACAACAAGAUCCUUUCAACACCGGGGACAACAUCAAAGUUUUCCACGAGCCCCAGAAAAGCAUCGUUAUAUCACUGGACACCACCGAACACGCCUAACUCCAAAGAGAAGCUGUACCUUUCCGUUUUACAACAAGGAGAUUUAGAUAACCCAUACCCAUCUCUUGACAAGGAUAUCCACACGCCAUACAUACUAAGUUAUUUGGCUAACAGUGAGUUGGUCAUAAACCGUAGAAACCUGGGACCAAAUGGCAAAGUCAACAGUGUAGACAACAUGACAAGUAUAGACAAUGACGGCGAUGAAAGUCAAAGCCACAUCAUGUCGUCAUCUUGUGGGGAGAUUAUACAGUAUUCAUCAUCACAAGAACUGUUCAAAAUGGAAAACAAACCAGACAGUGUGACACAGCCCUCAAGCCACGAAACCUUAGACAUCCUUCGAGAAACUCCAAGUCAUUAUGGCCCUCACCAAGCCAUGAAACACAGAAGUGUGGACUUUGACCUUGAUACCAGCAUGGGUUCCAUUGGAGAUAGUUUGAUGAAUGUGUCUCUUCAAGAGGAGGGAGUAGAACCCAACAAAGAUCUGAUCAUUUCUAAGGGAAAUAAUUUAAAACAUUCCCUUCAGCAACUGUUAGAGGAGGUUUUAGAACUACUGAAGUCUGAUGUUGUGAGAAGAACAAAACUGAAAGAUAUGGAGAAGACGAUUUUGACUUUCAAAGCGAGAUUAAAGGGUACACUCGCCCACCGCCCGCAUUCCUCCAUGGAUAGCCUAAUGGUGGAGACUGCAUUGCAAAGUUUUGCCUUUCUAAACACAGACUUCCAUGCUGAUGAGAUGUCGAUGUUCGGCAGUAUUCGAAAUCCCAGCAAGAGUAAUGGUACGAUCCAAGAUGGCGGUAUACCUUCAAUUGUAUGCGCCACUAAACUAGCACUUAGCGAAUUGACUACUGGCAAUGACGAAUUAGACACACUCCUGUCUAUCCACUUGCAAGUCUCUAGAGCACUUUUGAAGAAACUAGUGUCUCCAGUCACAGCCCGUAUUACACACAAUCAUCUCUUGGAAGAACUGUUGUGGCAAAAAGACGUUUUUGACGAUCUUGUACUCAUUUAUAUUCAGAAGGCCGAAGACCAUGUAUCCAUCGAAGACAUUUUUCCGAAGACCAAAAAGAUAAGACAUUUCCUGAAACUAUGGCGGCAUUGCACAGAAUCACAUUGUAUCUGGUUUUCCUCCACUGAGAUAUUCCUCAAUCGAGUCAAAAAGAUGUUUGUGCCAAGAAUCAAAGGGAAAAAUCCAGGGCUACUGGAACGAGUUUUAAUAAAAGCUCUGGAGCAAAUACAUGGCUUUGGUGGAAUACUGCCAGCCAAUCAGGUUUCAGGAGAGUUCCUGUCGAUAUUCCUGGUUUACGGAUAUCUCAGACGGUAUCGUGUGAUGGAUCUUCAAAAGCACCUCGCAGCUCUCACAAGAGAAGUCACACUCAUUGAUGACCUUCAGCUGCCCGGACGACUUAAGAAGAUCAAAAAAUUAAAAACAAAGCAAAUUUCACGACUCCAACCCUUACCGCAGUUUCUCCGGCUCUUGGCCACGUUCCAGCUCGACGAGAAUGUCAAAUUGUGUAAAGCAGCUGCUGCUUGCCUCACUCGAGGGUCUGCCCUCAAGACCUUCAAACAGAAGGCCGUCCUGUACUAUACAGAGGUCCUAACAGAGAGAGACUCCAAACUCCAGCAAGCUGCCUGCUUAGCCCUGAAACAUCUCAAGGGCACUGCGAGCAUUGACCAAAUCGCCUGUUUGUGCCAAUCUGAAGUGGACGAAGUGAGACACAUUGCCCGGGAGACAAUUCUAUCCUUCGGUCAAAAAGGACGUCAGGUUUUCAGAAGGACUGAUAAGAUCUGCCGGGAACUCCAAGACACUCUAACGGUCGACGGAGAGAUAGAAAUCACUGUUUUCUAAAUCUGCUGGCUUGUUGGAACUUAAUAUUUUCUUUUUAACUUGUAUAAAAGCUGUAUAUUUAAAUUGUAUAUAUUUUGCACAUAAAUGACUUAUUCAAAGCCCCACCCUUCAGAACACCAUAUUCCAGCCAGACGGAAGCUGGAGUGGUUAUGGUGCCAAGAGUAACAUGGCUCUGUUUCCCGGUAAUGGGCAAACCAUUUUGCAGCAGUUUGCCCAUUUGCCUGAGUCCGUGUCCGGCACAAGCCAUUCUCCUGUGGCCAGUGAGGUCAAUCCUGCCGGCCAUUCGUUGUUCCAUGAUGGCUAAUACUGCUCCAAUGAUGCGGCCGCAGAGAGGGUUACACCUCUGGCAGCAGAGGGGUUGAACUCUGUAUGUGCAGACUCCGGGCACCAUAACAACUUCAGUUCACUGAAGUGGUCAUGGCACUUUAA